AUGGAUUGUGAAAGAUCUAAUAUCACAAUUUUGGUUGUGGACCAUGAUGAAGAGUCUUUGGCAUUUGUUGCUAAGACACUCAUGGAACGACAAUACAAAGUUGAAACUGCCAAAAAUGCUCAUGAUGCUUUGGUCACUCUUCGAAAUAAUGAAGGCUUGUUUGACAUCAUCGUUACAGAGUUCCAUGUAUUAGGAAUGGAUGGCUUUGGUUUUCAAAGGCACAUUCAAGAUCAAUUUCAAAUUCCUGUAAUAAUUUGGCAUCAAAAGUUUCCCAUUAUUCGUCCCCGUGAGCUUAGCUCAAUUGUGAUGUCUAAGGAUAAUCGGCAACACUUAAUAUCUAUGACAUUAGAAAAAGGAGCAACACAUUUUAUUGUGAAACCUGUCUGUGCUGAAGAUUUCAAAGACAUAUCGAUGUAUGUUGUUGAAGCAAAGAAACAUAAAUUAUUUAUUGAUAAUUUAUUUGUACAAAGUGAAGAACAAGAGUCAAGUGAGCAGGCCAAGACAAAGAAAGAAGAUUCCAAGAGAAAAAAUAUUGAUGAGUCUCAAGGAGAAGCAAAAUGUAAACUUGUUAAGAAAUCAUCAAGACUUGUUUGGACAGAUGAUCUUCACAAUUUAUUUCUUGAUGCUAUUAAAAAAGUUGGAUUGAAAAAGGCUGUUCCAGGAAAAAUUCUAGAACUCAUGAACAUACCUAACUUGACAAGGGAUAAUGUAGCAAGUCACCUGCAGAAAUAUCGCCUUUUUUUGGAUAAAGUUGCCGAGAAAGAAUUGGUUGGAAAUGCAUCUCAGAGAGCUUUCAGGUCAAGAUUUGCAUCAAAUAUUCCAACAUCGAUAAUCGAAGAAAUAAAAGAAAUGAGAACAAAUAUAUUUGAUGUACCAACAUUAUAUCAAAUUGGAAAUUGUUAUUUUAAUCAUAUGAAUCAUGGUGAGAAAAAUUGGAACUGUAAAUAUUUGAACAGCUCUAAUAUUGGAUCAUGUGUGCUGAAUGAGUCACCUUUAAGUGUAAAUCAAAACUCCAUGCAGAUGAAUGAGAACAAUGAUGCAAGUGCAUUUUUGAAAUCUGAUCUUAUUAAUUCAAUUCAAGAUGUGCAAUCCCUUGAUCAGUUAUAUAAAGGUGGUGAUGAUACAUCUCUAGUUGGAAACACAUCAUGUGUGCUGAAUGAGUCACCUUUAAGUGUAAACCAAACCUCCAUGCAGUUUUAUAAAGGUGGUGAUGUAAUAGCUUCUUCUUCUGCUGAAAUCAAUUCAUGUAUGUUGAAUGAGUCACCAAUAAGCUUGGACCAAAAUUCUAAUCAGUUGCAAGGAUAUGAACAAUAUUCAAAUGAAGAACUAUAUGAUAUGUUUGUGGGAGACAAAAUGUCUGAAGCAAGUACCUCAGCUACUAAUCCGAUAUCGGAUAUGGAUCUUUUUGAAGCCGUGUUUGGUACUACCAGUCAAAACAAUAAUUUUAAGUUUAUUUAG